ACCCACCCCAACGACCGACCCUAUGCCUGCAGCCAAUGUGAGAAGAGGUUCAGAUUCAGCUCCAAAUUGGUCGAGCACGUCCGGACCCACAGCAAGGAGAAGCCCUACAAGUGUCCCGAGUGCGGCAAAUCCUUCUCUCUGAUCCGGCACCAGCGGAUCCACACCGGUGAGCGGCCCUACAAGUGCGGAAAGUGUGGGAAGAGCUUUGCACAGAGCUCCAUCCUGAUCAGACACCAGCGAAUCCACAGCGGUGAGCGACCCUACAAGUGUGAGGAGUGUGGGAAGAGCUUUGCGCAGAGCUCCAUCCUCAUCACACACCAGCACAUCCACAGCGGUGAGCGGCCCUACAAGUGUGGGGAGU